GUUUCACGGAAACCUAACCUCAAACUAAAACACUCGCAUCACACCACACACUCUCUCCACUCUCCAGAGGGCCGCACUCACCCACGCUCACGCCCGUAACCUCAAAACUCUCCACUAUACGCCGGCGACGGACACCUUCACAGUCGCAUCGCCGUUCAGCAUCAUAGUUAGCAGCCACACACUUCCUCUGCUCUUCGGUUUUGUCGUCGCCGUUGUCCCCCGUUCGUCUCCAUCCAACCUCUAUCCGUCGUCCCUCCGUUUCUAGCUUGGUGUCUCACCGUCGUGUCUGUUCGGUUUUUUCAUCCUGCUCUAGUCUCGAGUCUCAGGGAAAAACAGAAAGGGAUUGCAGUAUUGCACGCGUUAUCACCCCUUCUCCAGCUCCUUACUUCAGUAAAUGCCCUAGCCUCCACCAAAGAAAGCAAACCCUAGCAGCCUCAACCAAUCGUUGUCGCCGUCUGUCGGAGUGAGAGAGUGCUGCUGCCGUCCGUCGCACUCAAGAACUCCCGUCUUCGGCCCUCAGGCCUCUCGCCGGAUCCUCCGCUCGUGUGCUCGCAUCUCGCCUCUCUCAUAUGUGCUCGGCUGCUCGCGCCUCCCUCCGCGAGUGAGUGCUCGAGCUGUGCGUGUUGGUUGCUGCUCGUCGUCCGUGGUUGUCUCUGCUAGAUUCUGCCUCCCAGUGUCACUCGAAUCUCGUCUCAGUCACUGGCAUCUCGUGGUUCGUCUGUCUCGUCGCCAGCGGCAGAAGCAACUCGUGGGGUUGUCUCUUGCUUCGUCUCCUUCGGUGGGGUGGUCGCCGACUCGCCGUCGACCAUUGGUUCAGUGUUGGCUUCAACUUUCAAAUGGGAAUUGGGAGCUGGUGAAGAUAAUAACAUCUUCUUGAACUGAGUCUGUUGUUUCACUGCCUGAUGGGAAAGGAAUAACAAAAGAAACUUAAUGCGUCUUUGGUGAAUUAGAAGGUGGAAUUGCAGCUCCAUCGAGAAAGAUGCUGUGGAGGGUGUUGUCCUUGUGGAAACCCUCUGCCACUUGUUUCUUCCAAUUGAAUCAGCAGAGAAGAAUGCACGAUAGGAACAAGAAGGCGAUGGCGUUCAUCGCAAAAGGUUGGAACGCGUUGAAGGAGGUCGAUAGGGUAAUCGAUUACUGUGAGCUCAAUGAUACACGCCUCAUCCCUCUGCUUCUUAGAGCAAAGGAAAAUUUUGAGCUUGCUUUGGAGGCUGACAACACCAACACGCAUGCUAGGUAUUGGUUAUCCAGAUUGCACAUGAAGUAUCAUGUUCCCGGCGCUAAUAAGGCCGUUGGAGCUGCUUUAUUGGUUGAAGCUGCUGACAUGGGUGAUGCUGAUGCACAAUUUGCAUUGGGUUGUCAAUUGAGAAUUGAGAAUGACUAUGUCCAAUCAGAUCAACAAGCUUUUUAUUAUUUGCAGAAAGCUGUUGAUCAGUUGCAUCCAGGUGCUCUUUACCUUUUGGGUGCUGUAUAUUUGACGGGCGAUUGCGUGAAGCAAGAUAUUGCUUCAGCAUUGUGGUGUUUUCAUAGGGCUUCAGAGAAGGGCCAUGCCGGGGCAGCUAUAGCAUUUGGAUCUCUUCUUCUUAAAGGUGUUAAGGUUCCAGAAACAAUAACAAAAUUCAGUGCAAAGAGAGGUUCUGCUACUCGGAAAGCUGGGAAGGGGAAAGAAAGUCUUGCAGUUGAUCCCGUAGAGAUGGCACGAGAAAAGUUCCAGAUAGCGGCAAAGGCAGGAUGUGAUCUUGGAUUCAAAUGGCUUGCUAGGUUAGAGGAGGAAGAGAGGCGAUUACUUACUGAAGGGUAUUCGGAUUAAAAUAAUGUGUCCAGUUAGGUAGCGUUUGGUUAUUGAGACAUAGACACUGAGACAUAGACACAGUGGUACACGGUGACACAUGUCUGCUGUUUGGUUUGGUGAGACACAGAUUUUCGAAGGACACGGGAGGACACGGAUGGACACGGAGACACUAAAUUUGUGUACCUCCAAUUUGGUGAGACACUGAGACACAACUUGUGAGACACUAAUUUUUUACUCUUUUACCCUUAUUGAGUUUUUAAAAUUUGUCCUCUCAUCUUUCCAAAUCUUUUUUUUCUCUUUCUCUUUUAGAUUCUACAACUAAAUUUACUUUUCUAUUUUUUUCAAAAAAAAAUUGUACAUUUAAAUUUUUUUAUUUAUUUAAAUUUUGAACUUUAAUUUUUUAUUUUUUUCAAAAACAAUUAUAUAUUUAAUAUUUAAAUGAUAAUUUAAGAUGGUAUUAGAAGAAAUAAAAAAUUAUUAGAAGAAAUAAAAAUUUAAUGGUGAUGGCAUGCAUUGUUUGGGAUAAUAGGUGUAUUGUAAUGGUGGUAAAACUUGUGGUUGAAUGAAGAGUAAUUCAGUCUUUUUUAAAUAUAUGUGUCUUGUUUCUUAUUUUUGCCAAACACAAUACAUAGACACAAAUAUUUUAUGUCCAUGUCUUUAAUGUCUGUGUCUUUGUGUCUAUGUCUCAUCAAAUACAUCAACCAAACGGAGCCUUAGUUUUUUUGCAGCUGAGCUGAUCCAAUGUGAUUUAUUAUAGAGAUUGAGUAUUCUCAAAGAAAGAAAUGGAAAAUAAUUGGAUGUA